AUGGUAGCGCCCGUUCGGCUUUCACGCGCUCGCACGCUUGCGACCUACCGGGAGGUGACCUUGGCAUACAAGAGCUACGACACCGUCGCGAACACCAAGAAGGAGCGCCAGAAAGCCGCAUCGUGCCGCAUCGAGGCAGCUACGCCGGCUCAAGACUGCCCUGUCCGAGUCAUCGGCGCGCAGACGUGCCCCUUUGCGGCCAUGGGAACCUGCCAUGCCCGCGUGCACCAGAUGCCGUACGAUCCUGCCCUCGACAAGGCCAUCAUUGACCGGAUCCAUGCCGAGUUACGCCAGGCAGAUCCCUACCAUCGCCCCGAGCAGCAGCCUGCGAGGCUCUGCGACUGGGGCCUCUACUUGGGCGGCAUGCAGGAUGUGACGGACUGCAAGAAAAUGCAGGAGUUGGGAAUCCGAGGCAUUGCCAAUGUUGCCUCCUCGGCGUGUAUCUACACACCACGCGGAGAAGUGCCCGCCCAAGAGCUGCGCAUGCUGCACAUUGAUGCAGAUGAUGCGGCUGGGACAGACUAUGUGACUAUGUCUUUUGUGGUGAUUUCACGACAAUGGAGUCCCCCGUAUGUGCACCAAAAUGCGAUUUAUCCUUAA